GAGUCAACUGGCGGAACAGCGGGCAUCGAGUCGUCUGGCAAGACUGCGGGCACCGAGUCGUCUGGCAAGACUGCGGGCACCGAGUCGUCUGGCAAGACUGCGGGCACCGAGUCGUCUGGCAAGACUGCGGGCACCGAGUCGUCUGGCAAGACUGCGGGCACCGAGUCGUCUGGCAAGACUGCGGGCACCGAGUCGUCUGGCAAGACUGCGGGCACCGAGUCGUCUGGCAAGACCGCGGGCACCGAGUCAACUGGCGGAACAGCGGGCAUCGAGUCGUCUGGCAAGACUGCGGGCACCGAGUCGUCUGGCAAGACUGCGGGCACCGAGUCCACUGACGGAACAACGGGCACCGAGUCGUCGCGUGGAACAGCGGGCAUCGAGUCGUCUGGCAUAAUAGGAUCAUCAGGCUGGAUCAGUUCAUCAGGCUGGGUAGAGACAUCAUGCUGGGUAAGGACAUACUGCUGGGUAAGGACAUCCUGCUGGGUAAGGACAUCAGGCUGGGUAGAGACAUCAGGCUGAAUUGUGGGUGCCGAGGCACCAGGCUGCACCACGGAAGGCAGGUUCUUAGAUGGGAGGCUGACCGGUUUUGAUACUGGCAGGAUGGUAUUGGUUGGAAAGAACUUUCGCCUUUUCCUGGUUAUAGUUACCGGAGCACUGUAAGUAAGCGCAGGUUUGUAAACGGAUGGAGCAGCUGGAGACAGAGAAGAGCUGGAGGAUGGAACAGAGGAGGUUGAAGAAAGGAUACGUGCAGCGAGUGGGAGCAGGGGACUAGUAUGUGGUAGUUAGCAGAGUAUACUGGGCCAUCACUGGGGGUGCUGUCGGGGAUGCAGG